AUGUUAAAAUUAGCUGCUUUUGAUUUAGAAGUAACAUAUAAGUCCGGAAAAAAAAUGUUCAUAGCCUAUAUACUUUCACGUGCAGCAUUAUCAACUUUUGUUGAUGAACAAAUUGAAGAAGAAAUCAAUUUGUGUUGCAAUUUAUUAAUUGCAUCAUUGUCGGUCAAUGAAUUAACAAUAGUUGAUAAUUUAAUAUAUAAAUGCAACAGUCUUGUGAUUCCUACAAGUCUGAGAAAGGAUAUUUUGUCACGUGUUCAUGAAGGUCAUUUAGGCAUUGCAAGGUGCAAAAAUUUAGCUAGGAAUAGUGUUUUUUGGCCGAGCAUGAACAAUGAUAUUCAAAACGUUGUGUCUAAUUGUGAAAUUUGUAUACGAUACAGAAAGUCAAAUCAAAGGCAACCAAUAAUACCACAUGAAAUAGAAGCUAUUCCGUGGUAUAAGGUUGGAAUUGAUAUUUUCGAUUAUAAUAAACAAAAGUACCUAUUAGUUGUAGAUUAUUAUUCUACAUAUAUUGAAAUUGCUUUACUAAAUACGGGCUUUACAGCCAAAAGAAUUAUUCACCAUCUUAAAUCUAUUUUCGCCAGACAUGGCAUUCCCAAAGUUAUGAUAUCAGAUAAUGGCCCGCCUUUCAAUUCAAAAGAAUUCAAAGAAUUUUCAAUUUCUUGGGAUAUAGAUCAUAAUACUUCGAGUCCUUACUAUCCUCGAUCUAACGGCCUAGCUGAAAGAUCAAUUGGAACAAUUAAGACACUUUUACAAAAAAGUAAUGACAGUAAAACUGAUCCUUAUAUCGCAUUAUUACAACACCGCACUACCGCAAAAAAUGGAUGUCUUUCCCCAGCGGAACUUUUAAUGUCAAGAAAACUACGAACAAAGUUGCCAACUCUUCGGGAUGCCCUGAAGCCUAAUACGAUUGACGCUAAGAUUUUUAAAGAUAAUGAGGGCAAUACAUAUAGGAGAAAUAGGGAACAUCUGUUAGAAACACCUUGUAGUGGUAUUCCAAAGAACUUUGAUAAUGAUAAAAAUAAUGAAGAGGUAUUUUCUUCUCCUGAAAGGGAAGAAGCCGAACUAGAAAAGGAAUGGAUGGAAAAAUGCGCAACAGAAAAUAAGGAUAAAGCUGAAAUAUUUGCAGAUCAUUGA